ACCUAUCAGUCGUUCUGCGAUAAGCGAGCUAUAAGCGAAAUACUGCAAAGAGUUCCAAAACUGCACGACGGUCAUCAUCAAUUCUACCAUCAUUUUUAUACGAAAGUAGGACAUUUCAGGCAUUGAAUCUCGGUUGGAAAAAUUUAAAGUAAAGAUGUCCAUCACAUUGGACCAUAUUAAUUCUUUUUUUGACCUAAAUGCCCAGUUGGAAGAUUUAAAUGUGGCACCCACUGCAACAGGUGGUACUGGCAUCAAUAAUAUGCAGCAGUUUCCUCCGCCACGUCCUACCAUUCCGCAAUGGAGAAAAGUAGGAACUGAUUAUGUUAAAAAGUAUCUGGAUAAAGAAAAGAAUGAACAAUUUCUGACUAGGAGACAGACCUUAGAAUUGCCCGGUUCAACCGUCAGCCUCACUACCUUGGAGGAUGUUGACGAUAAUAGUACUGCCAUCACUGAGGGACCAGCGGUCAAUGAAUUGCAUAAUGAAGAAACCAGACAAAUCUACUCUACUUACUUUAAUGAAGCCGCAAACUACGAUCCUGAUCUCCCCAUCACCAGUUACAGGGAACAGAUAUUACAACAGUUGGAUAUCAAUCCUGUGUUAAUCAUUCAAGGACCGACUGGUUGCGGCAAGACUACACAAGUGCCCCAGUAUAUACUCGACUACCAUCAGUCUCGUGGAAGGUACUGCAACAUUAUUGUCACUCAGCCCAGGAAAAUUGCAGCCAUCAGCAUUUCCAAUAGAGUGUGUAAAGAGAGGAACUGGGAAACUGGCACAAUAGUUGGUUAUCAGGUAGCCAUGGAUCAGAAAAUUUCUUCUUCUACUUGCAUUUCCUACGUCACGACGGGUGUCUUGUUGGAAAAGUUAGUGAAUGCUAAAAGGAUGGACAUGUAUACUCACAUCAUAAUUGAUGAAGUUCAUGAAAGAGACCAAGAAGUUGAUUUUGCUCUUCUGAUAGUGAAGAAAUUUCUAAAGUUGAAUUCUCCCCGAGUAAAAGUUAUAUUGAUGUCAGCCACCUUUGAUUCCUCUGCCUUUGCAAAGUAUUUCAGCAUGUACGAGAAAAGUGGUCCGGCUCCUGUUAUAGACAUUAUAGGAAAGUCUAAAUUAGUGAACGAGUAUUAUCUAUAUGAGCUUAAAACACUCAAAUCAUUGGCAAAGGUGCCAGAAUUUGAUAUGAAUAAUCCAAUGAUUGACAACUGCCUUUAUGAGACAGUGCUGCAGUUGUUGUAUUAUUUUGAUAAAAUUGAAAAAGCUGAACAAAACGUUCCGCUUAGCCAAACUUAUGCGCCGCAGAGAGGAGCUGUUUUGGUCUUUCUUCCGGGCUACGAAGAAAUAAGCAGAUUGUGUAACGUGUUACAGAAGGAUAAUUUGGAUCUUCAGUUAAACUUUUGGAUUAUUCCCCUCCACUCUUCCAUUACGGUUGAGGAACAACAGAAUGUCUUCAAACCUCCUCAUGCAGAUCAUAGAAAGAUAAUUAUCUCAACAAAUAUUGCGGAGAGUUCCAUCACUGUACCCGAUGUCAAAUAUGUGAUAGAUUUUUGUUUGACCAAAAAUUUAGUAACGGAUACGACCACAAACUAUACAUGUCUUCAGCUGGAAUGGGCCUCUAAAGCCAACUGCAUUCAAAGAAAAGGUAGAGCAGGAAGAGUUGACAUUGGAAGAGUGUAUCGUAUGGUUCCCAGAGAGUUUUAUAACAAGUUUCCUGAAUAUGGCAUUCCAGAGAUAAAGAGAUGUCCCCUCACACGGACAAUUUUGCAGCUGAAAAGGUUGAAUCUUUGCGAACCUCAAGAAAUGCUCGCUUUCGCUCUAGAUCCCCCUGACCUCUCUGACAUCGGAAAUGCAGUAUUGCACCUGAAAGAGGCUUUGGCACUUACUUCCAGAUCGCUGAAUCCUUUUGAUGGUGAUCUCACAUUCAUUGGGCGUGUUAUGUCAAAUUUACCUUUGGAUAUAAAGCUCAGCAAGUUAAUAGUGUUUGGAUAUGUAUUUCGUUGUCUAGAUGACUGUAUUAUAAUCGCUGCUAGUUUGUCUCUGCAGAGCUUUUUUUCCAGACCAUUUCAAAAAGUUUUAGAUGCUUACAAGUCCAGACUUGCCUGGGAUGAUAGCACUUUCAGUGAUUGUUUAGUUUAUCUAAAUGCUUAUAAAGUGUGGAAGCAACUGAGUCAACAAGGCCAAUUUAGGAGACCAGGUGGCAAAACCGAAGCUCAAUGGGCAUCCUCUAAUUUCAUUCAAAUCAGAAGAAUAAAUGAAGUGGAUAAACUUGUGAAAGAGAUCAAAAGUCGUCUUGAAAAGCAGCACAUAAGAUCAGAACAUCACUCUUUCAAACAUGACGAAAAAUCCGUCCUUGUAUUGAAAAUGGUUAUAGCUGGAGCAUUUUUUCCCCACUAUUUUCUGCAACAACCUUUAGAUGAGAAGACUAUUAUGCGUGAUUUAAAUCUGAACGAUCCACAUUCGACUGUUCUGGUAUCUGGGCUUCCUCCAAAACAUGGAAUACUCUAUGCAUCAGCAUUAAAGGAUAUGUUUACCUGCUGCUCCAACAACAUUGUCAUUGAAUUUGAAGAAAAAAAGGCUUAUAUUAAAUUUGCAAGGAGUGCAAGCAGCUCUUCUUCUAAUGUUCUUCAGCCUGUGUAUCUUGCAGUUAAAAUGAGGAAACUUGGUCUUCCGCUCGAACUAACUAUUUUUAGUCCAGAGGAAGCGGACAGAAAAUGUCAACAAAUUUUGUCAUCAAAAAAUCAGAAUAGAGAUCACAGAUUAAUGCCUAAUAGAGUGACUGUAAAGUUUGAUCCCCAAAUGGAGCUUAAAAGAAUUGAAGUUCCACCACCGGGAAAAUCUGGAAUAAUUGACAUUCUAAUAACUCAUGUCGUAAAUUGUGGAAGUUUUUGGGCUCGUAUAAUCAGCCCAUCCACUAAUAAUUUAAUGAGAUUCCUUGACAUGACGAUUCAGUAUGAUCAGUACAGAAACUUAAAAGUGUUAUCAAAGAAAGCAGUUGCCAACAUGUUAUGUCUUGCACCCUUCACAGAGCGUGGGAAACAGGAUUACUACAGAGCUCAGGUAAAGAAGCUAAGAAGUAAAGAAAGCCUGGCCGAAGUAUUUUUCAUUGAUUAUGGUAAUACUGAAAGGGUUAAAAUAAGUGACCUGAGAGAAAUUGAUGAAAAAACGCCAGAUGUAUAUACUACUCCAGCUUUAGCCGUAGAAUGCAGUUUAGCCGAAGUGAAACCUUUUAGAAGUCCUACUGGUGAAUGGAAUGAUAAAGCUACAGAAUGGUUCAAAACUAAAGUCAGUGGAAUACAAAUUCAAGCCAAGAUUUAUUCUGUUGUAAAUGAUGUCAUGAAAUUGGAACUAAAUGUUAAAGAUAGAAGUGGUAUAAUUCAUUUUCUGAAUAAGGAAAUGGUUGAAGUGGGCCUUGCUGAACCUGCAGAAGAAAGUUUUGCAUCAAAGCAAAAUCAUGAGGUGAGAGAGAAGGCAAGUCUCUAUGGCAACAUGGAAGGAUCAGUGUUUGAAAAUGUAUCAAACGAUGUUCAAGUCUCUUGGAAGUCCGAAAACACGCACGAUGUCCACACGUUAAGCAGAAAAAUAAAACUACACGGACCCUAUAAUCCUCUGGAAGUUGAAUACAGUGGUAUGACUUUUGUAGAUCGUAGCAAAAGCAUGAAAGUGGAGCGUGAUAGUGUGAAUUCCGUGUCUUUCAACCCAGAUCCUCAGGAACCUUAUUCUGCGAUGCUGGUAGCUGCAUGCCUGGGCGUGGGACAGAGUAGUCACGACCUGAUUGCCAGAAACACUACACUCAUGCCUAAAAUGCGUGGCCUCCCUUCACUCGUCUGCCUACUCUUCUCACCAUUCGCAGAAAUCAGGAUCAAUCGUGAGAGGAGUAGAUACACAGGAGUUCUUUGUGGCUUGGGUCAUGAUCCUCGUAAUGGAGACCCUAUAUACCCUGAUCACGAUAUAGAAUUGCCAUUUGACAUUCAAAUAUCAAUGGAGGACAUUAGCGAGAUAAAUGGCAUAAGAAUGGGCGUGAAUCUUCUCCUCCACAGCCAGACGGACAUUCUUCAAUACGAAUCUCACCAGACUCAGAACAUUCAUCAACAAACCAGAAGGACCAUUUUACAGCUACUUGAGAGGCAAUGGCAGCCCAAAGAACCUGAAUAUAGUAGAAAUCCUCAUCGGUGGGACCAGGUGGAAUCUCAUUUGCUACUGGAGACUUCGGUCAGCGAGAGUGCCGAUCAUCCGGACGUUCUGCCAUUACUGAAGCCUCCCAGUCUUGUUGUCUCCAAGGGGACGCAAAAAAUGUUGGAUCACUUGGAUCAUCUGUAUUCGUUCGUCGAAGACAUAACGAGCAGAGAUUUCGAACUCAUCCGCUGCGAGCUCUGCUCUGUCGAUGUUGUUUCCAAGCGAGAUUUGCUGGUCCACCUAGACAGCACAGCUCAUCAGAGGAGGGAAAGGAAAAUAAAACUAAAAUAACUGCGGAAUGUUUUGUUCUGUAAAUAAUCAUAUCAUCAGCAUUGUUUUUCUUUCAUUUGUGUACAUAAACAAUUAUUGUCCAAAAAUAAAGAGUCAUUCUCAAUAUUUUUAUAUUAUA